GAAGCUGGGGUAUAUCAUUUAUAACGGCGUUAAAAACGGAACGUUGAGUCUUGGGUUAAAACUUAACGAACUUGUCUCGCCGGAGAGCGAAUAAUGUGAAUGAAAUUGAUUACGAGGAAGAAGAAGAAGGAUGGCUUGGGAUCCAAAACUGAAGGUAGAGAUAGGUCUCGAUGGACUUGCAAGAGAAGCUCCUGUUAUUGCCUACACAGAGAAGGUGAUCCUACCAUUUACUCUCGAUCUGAUGAUUUUUCUUUUCCUUUGGAAACCAGAUAAUCGAGGAAGAGCAGCUUCAGCUGAAGAAAUACAUUGAGGAGAAUUAGUCAAAGAUAAGAGAUGUGGAAAGGGAAUUUGGAAAUGAAACUCACUGCUGCUCCUAAGAAAGCAGCUCUACCCCCAAGUUUCACUUCUUAUUCCUUUGCAUCUUGGAUGGAACACCUGGUUGAUUUCUUCGUUUUUCCUUUUUUUUUUUUGUUGUCGUUGGAUCAUCUUAAGCACUGGAACACUUGAGAAAGAAAAUUGAACUCUCUACUGAGAGGAUCCAUGCUGCAAAGUUGAGAGAAGAUGAAGCCAGAAAGGUACAAGAAAGCAGCAAUACGCAGUACGCCAGACUUAGAGGAACUGAAAAGAAGACUAGAGGCACUGAAUCCGAAUCGAUCAUCUACUUCUAUUCAGCAAGCCCAUGAACCAGAGCCUAAAUCUGUACUAGACAGCUCUCCACCAGCAGCCAAUGCUAAUCAGACUCCCCCGGAAAAAACUGAAGCGAAGGAAGAGGAGGGAGGUAAAGAACAUAGACCAGCAACAGUUGAAGGAGAAUCAAAAUCGAGAAAGAAACCGCAGAUUCAAGGUAGGGGAAGAGGAAUUGGAAUCAUGAACAAAGGCAGAGGAGGUUGGACAGGUGCUGGACUCGAUGUCGAUGGUAGAACUUAAAACGUUGAAAUAUUAUAUACAUCCGAAAAGGUGCCUUUUCCUAUCGCAUAUAUUGUUACCAUGUAAUUUCUCAUUCUUCUUUUACCAUCCAUGGACAUGUAGCUUCCUGUAGCUACUGAGACCUUUCUCAUUUACUCAUGUGUUACUGAAAGGAAAAAGUCAUUCAAUCA